GCCCUCCAAGACAAACAAGAACCGGAUUGAGAGAUCAAUCAAAGCAAGAUCAAACGCUAGGGUUUAGAGCCGCAGGUCCGCCAUGCCGAAGAAUAAGGGCAAGGGAGGCAAGAACCGCAAGCGUGGAAAGAACGAGGCCGACGAUGAGAAGCGCGAGCUUGUCUUCAAGGAGGACGGUCAGGAGUACGCCCAGGUCCUCCGCAUGCUCGGCAACGGGCGCUGCGAAGCCAUGUGCAUCGAUGGCACCAAGAGACUCUGCCACAUCCGGGGUAAGAUGCACAAGAAGGUAUGGAUCGCCGCCGGGGACAUAGUCCUCGUCGGCCUUCGUGAUUACCAGGACGAUAAAGCCGAUGUCAUCCUCAAAUACAUGCCGGACGAGGCCAGGCUUCUGAAGGCCUAUGGCGAGCUUCCGGAGAACACCAGGCUCAACGAGGGUAUUGCUGGAGGUCUUGAUGAGGAGGAUGAUGGCCAGGGUGAUGAUUACAUCGAGUUUGAGGAUGAGGACAUCGACAAGAUCUAGAAAGCUCUCGGCUUUGGUAUCUUUUAUUAUCUUAAUUUCCUCCUGUUCUUGUUUUACAAGGUCAUAAUCUGAAUUACCAGUAUAUGUGAUGUGUUCUUAUCCUGAGUUUGGUUGGAUCCCUAUUUACUAUGUUGUUGCUGAUGUUCUUGUCACAGUGGAACAAUUUGUGUUUUAUAUGCAUACGAUAUUCUAUUUAUGUUUCUUCUU